AGCACAAGCCCUUUUUGGGACUGUAGCACAAAAGACUUCCUCGCUUUCGUACUCAGCUAUGAUGAUAAGAAAGACUUAAUCAGUGAUAUAAAAUGCGUGAAAUCAUCUUGAGCAACGUGGUCACCGUUGUGGUUUUGUUGAUUCUGAUCGGCCAAAGCACCAUAUAUUGCCUGCAAAAUCCUUUAUGCCCGUCAGAAUGUUCGCAGCCACUUGGUAUGGAAGAUGGCCGGAUACCAGAUUACGCUAUCACUACACCGAGAGCACACAGCCAGAAAUUGGAUACCUCACGCAGUCGUCUUAACACACGAAAGACUACAUUACAACAGACCAAAUUUGGCGGCGCGUGGUGCACUCCAAAUAAUAAUGAAGGGCAUUGGCUGCAAAUUGACUUGGGGUCCAUGAAGAUUAUAACGAAGGUUGCUACUCAGGGUCGCUAUGAUUACCAUCAAUAUGUGAAAAAUUUCACUAUUAGUUAUAGCCGUGAUUUAGCUCGGUGGAGUGCGUACUCUGAGAACGGCGAGGCAAAGAUUUUCAGUGGUAAUAUUGACAACCUGUCGGUAAAAGAGAAUCUCCUGCUUCCCCAUGUGGUUGCUCGCGGUAUCAGGUUUUAUCCUAAGGAUUUCUACGCCUGGAAGUGCAUGAGAGUCGAGGUGUAUGGCUGUGACUGUGCCCGAGAGUGUCCAGACUCGCUUGGCAUGGAGGACGGGCGAAUUCCGGACAGGGCCAUGACAUCUUCCAGUGCUUACUCCUCGAUACACUCAGCUCCGCAAAGCCGACUCCACGGGCCAUGGUCCUGGACAGCAGCCACGUCAUCAGAAGACCAGUGGCUACAGAUAGACCUCCAAGAGAUGGCUACUUUAACAGGCGUGGCUACUCAGGGGCAGCACACGUAUGAUAACUGGGUGGAGUCAUACACGCUCAGCACUAGUGACAGCUCCACCGACUGGGUUAUCCACCGCAAUCCCGAUGCCACACCCAAAGUAUUUCAAGCAAAUAGUGACAGGUCAACCGUUGUGACGAAUGAUCUUCUCCCAAACAUAGAAUCCCGAUACAUACGAAUUCAACCGAAGUCUUGGAACGGUCACAUCAGUAUGAGAGUAGAGCUCUAUGGAUAUAAAUGCGACUGCAAUAGAACAAGUUAUGUUAAUAAGGAUUGGUUGUUUCCUGCAUCGGCAAUGGGCUUUGCCAUGACGAAUAUUCCUAGUCAGUCUUUAACAGCGAUGACUGCUUGCUUCUGGUACAAUUCCUCCUCAACCUCCUCAGCUCAAACGCAUGUGUCCUUUUUUGGCUCGCAGACAGGAGUCUAUUAUGGGAAUCCUUUCUUUAUUAUGACCGAUACCAGAAAUGGAAAGAACAACAUCAUGGUAGCAGUGUUGCAACCCGUGGGGGGAGUGAAAUUAGAAGUCAUUGCACCCCAGUCACUUCACUCUGGUGACUGGCAUCACAUAUGUGUCACGUGGCAAGGUACAAAUGGUACCAUCGAGGUCUUUAUGGACGGUGUGAAAUUCGCUUCUGAUUCUCGAUCGAUAUGGAUUGGAUCCCUUACUGAAGACUAUUUGGUGGUGUUCGGCCAGGAGCAGGAUGCUAGAGGGGGUGGAUUCGAUGUUUACCAGAAGUUUCUUGGACGGAUGAGCCGUAUUAAUAUAUGGAAUUACACUCUGUCGCAAAGCACCAUUCAAGAGAUGUCAACCAAGUGCUCUACUUGCUUGGAGGGAAACCUCAUUGCUUGGAAAAACGUGCUGGGGAAGACCCACAGUGGAGCAUUGAUUCUGCCAAGCUCAUGCCCUCUCGCAAAAGGUCGAGAUUGCCUUAGUCUCGUCCAUCAAGGACAUAAGAUAAGCGGUUAUUAUAUGCUAGACCCUAGAGGUGAAGGAAAGUACUUCACUGGACUCUGUGACCAGCAGACUAACAGUGGUGGUUGGCUUGUUGUACACAGGCGUUUUGAUGGGUCCGUUGAUUUUUACGAGAGUAUGUCUAGGUAUCGGAGUGGAUUUGGCGAGGCGUAUGGGGAGUUCUGGCUCGGACUCGAAAAGAUGUCAGCAUCUAAACAAACUCAAAUGCUGCUGGUUGAGUUACGGAAUAACGAGAACGAUUACGCUUAUUCUCUUUAUGAUAACGCCUUUCUUGAGCCAAAGUCCCCUUUUAGACUGUAUUUGGGCUUUGCUGGUUUUCAAGGUACUGCGGGGGAAUCCUUGAGCUACCUCGACAAGAAACCCUUUAAAACCAAAGACGAGAGUACUGAACUUUGCCUUAUAACUAAGAAAACGCCUGGCUGGUUUGGACGGGAAACGCUUUGUAACGAAGCUACAAGUAACUUAAAUGGAGAGUACCAUCACCGAUAUUCCAGCGUUACUCUCGGAUACGUGGGCAUGUACUGGCAGAAGUGGCAAGGUGUUACCAAGUCACUCAAGGAAGCUUCGAUGAAAAUAAGACCGAGAUACGGGGACCAGGAUUACGCCUUGUCGUUUCGUGGUAGCGGUUCUGAAGACUACAUACUUUACCCUAAAGUCAAGGGAUUCGCGGAAUUCUACGUGUGUACCUUUAUCAAGUCGCCACUCAGGCCGAGACGACAAGGGCUGUUUGGGAUGUUUAGUGGAUCCAGCUUUAUCUCGAUGUCCUUUGCCAACAAUAAUUUUUUUUAUUUUGGAAUCAAUGACGCAGUCGUAACGAUAGACCUCCCAUCACCCGUCAUCAGUGAGACGGAAUGGAACCAAAUCUGUUUUACUUGGUCGUCAGCAAAUGGCAGUUGGGCAUUUUCAGUUAACGGCCCUACACUCAAGCAAGGACAAGCGUUUAAAGCGGGCACCAAGAUACCAGAUGGUGCUUUAAUGAUCGGCCAAAUUCCAGACCAGCAGGGCAAACCAAUAGCGCAGGGCGCUUUCGAGGGUUCAUUGACCCUUUUUGAUGUCAAUGCCAAAUGGCUAAGUUCAGGUAGAGCCGGCGGUUGUGAAGAUGGCGCUACUUCUCUUCUGUCGUGGUAUCACGCCCAUUUAUGGGUACAUGGUGAUGUCAGGAAAACUACCGUCUUCAUGUGCGACUCGCACAAAGUACAACAUCAAUGGAGACUCAAACGGGAUGGUAGCAAGAAUAUUGAGUACAUAGGAACAAAAGGAGCUCAUAUCGUGCAGACAACGGCAAGCCGAGAACUAAACAGCAUGGCUACUGAUAACAAGCAAGCCUUUGACUUUGGAUCCUUUGAUGAAACUUGCAUAGAGAAAUCCAGCAUGUGUAACAAAGGCUUCACGGCGUCCCUGUGGAUGAAAUAUCGAGAAUACUUCCAUUCACGAAUCCUUAGUAACAAGAUGGAGGAGACAAGAGAAUUGAUGGAUAUGCUUCAAACAAGCAUGGAAGAGAAUUCUGUCUGGAUACGAUGCUAUCUUGCUUCAACUGCGAUGAAACCAGUAUCCGAGUUCCAUAGUCUGUGCAAGUGGGGUUCCGUGACGCUAGUGAUCGUGAAAGUUAACGAAUACAUAUUUGGGGGAGUUCUAGACGUACCCUGGGCAGCAAGAACAUCGGGUGACUCCAUCGACAGCCCGACAGCUUUCCUAUUUAGCUUGAAAGGUCCAAAAGGCUGUUUGCCGUUCAAGAUUUUCCCCAAACAGGAAUUCCGCUCAGAAGCUGCUCGCUUUGAUCUGAAGUCCGGUCCCAUAUUUGGUAGAGACGACCUCCACCUUGGUACCCUGUCUUUUAGCGAUCUCGGUCAAGUGUACAACUUGUCAGGGGUCACGUGUCCCGGCCUUGCCUCGCCCAUGUCACGUGACGACACAAGAAAGCUGCUUGCUGGAACGUACUAUUUUGUUCCAGACGAAAUCGAGAUAUUUUGUUACGCAGGAAAAAGUGAAGGCGGAACCAGGGCAUAUUUGGGGGAACAACAAUUUACCUCUGGCACGAAUGGUCUGAUGCAAUAUACUUUUGAGAAAGAUGCUACCGUGGCACGGUUUGUGCUGAUACUAAUAAGAUGCUGCAGUUCAAGCUGUGUGAACGCCUUUUACAUCGAAUACAGAAAAGAUACAGGCGACGAGUGGAUCACUUAUCCGAACAACCACCAAAAAAGGAUAUACCGUUACACAGGGCUACCCGGUGAGACGAUGUUAAAGAAAUUUGAGCUUUUUCCUCCAAUGGGGCCUGCACGAUACGUGCGUAUCACGGCCACGGAAUGUUAUCCUUAUGGCCAAUGCUGUCUGGAGAUUCAAGCAGCUCGUGAAACAGGAAAUGUCUUACCAAGUUAUAUAUUGGCAUCGAGGGUUCCAAGUAGAUUUGGUUUUGCGUUGUACCACACGAAGGCGAAAGGCAAGCCAGGCGUGUACAUUUUUAUGACUCAGUCAUGGAACAACACCUUAUUUGUGACUGUACCGGCUACGGAAACACCUUAUAUGUGGAAUCACGUGGUCCUGUUUUAUUCUUCGACAAAAGUAAUACUGUACUUAAACGGGAAGCCUCAUGAUCUGUUCUGGAGAGAAGUGACAACGGGCGCCAUUUCACAUGACGCACACUUGCGUAUUGGUGGCGAUGGCUCGGUUGAAGAUAACGACUACCUCAUAACUCUUCCGGCGCUUCAAGUAUUGUGCCUACGUUUCUAUGACUCGCCCGUACCAUAUCAGCAGUUACAAAUGUUAUCAGAGAGAGAUGUUUUCCGACCAGCAGAAGUGCAAAAUGUUGCGCUUCAAACUGCCACUCAGCCAAGUAACAAUGAUGCUGCGUCGAAGGUUAUUUCAGGAAGUCGUCUUGUAGAUAAUACUGAUACCCAAUGCAGCAGAACCUGGACGGUAGCAAACUCCUGGUGGAAAGUCACCCUGAACUCGGCAUUGUUAAUUUCAGAUGUCUUUAUAGUCGUCCCUAAACAGGCUGACUUACGACCUGAAAAUAUUGUAAUCAAAAUCUCCGAAGACAAUGUCGACAGUAACGCGAAGCAAUGCGGAGGGAUUCACUAUAUGAAAGAUGAGUUUAGAAAACGCUUUUUCUGUGAUCCGCCUAUACUAGGGAAGUACGUCUCCAUUCACCAGGCUCCCAUGGCACGUCUGUAUUUAUGCGCCGUAGAAUUACAAGCUCUUAAGCCACCCGGUUACAUGUUUAUCAAGAAUACUCUCUCUACCGAUGGUCCAGUGCGUUACAGCACAGAUUACGUCACCCCAAGAAAAACGUGCCUCUCUUUCGUCUACCAAUUAAAAGGUGUCUACCCUGGACAUCUUAAUGUCUACUCGAGCGGUUUCAAAGGACAGGAGACGUUGCUAUGGCGGCUUGCUGGUAACCGGGGUGAUGGCUGGAAUCGAGGUCAAGUCCCUGUCAAGAAGGAUAUACCGUUUAGGGUUAUAUUUGAGGGAUUAGAGGGCGGAAGAUUUGAUGGUGAGAUAGCCUUUGAUAACAUCAGUCUGACAAGCGACAACAACUGCACACUUGAGCCUGAAGAUGCAGUGCUAAGACUCGCUGGUAUUCAAUCUCGGAUGAUUGACCAUUUGCCAGAAUCACGUGAUCAGAUAGAGCGCAUGUUGUCUGACGCUGGAUUCGGUUGGCGAUACUGGCUACCUUGCUACCGAGCCUUGGAACAUGGAUGGGAUGCUGAAGUCUUUCAUACAAAGUGCGACCUCAAAGGACCCCUUCUUGCUAUAGCACGGAAGUACUCUCACGUUUUUGGCGCUUUUUUCGACACUGGCAUCAACGAUACCGGAGCCUCCAAUAAUUUAGCUGAAGGGCGCCCGACUACUUCGUCCACAAGUGUUUCAGAACAUUCACCUAAACUCGCAGUGGAUGGAAGUAUUGACUCUUUCUUUAGUACGGCGGAUGCAGACCCCAGCCCGUGGUUUAAAGUUGAACUCUUUACAGAGUUUCUUGUUCACAGGAUUUUCAUCCGAAAUAGAAUGGACUGUUGUAGGGAGAGGCUGGAAGGUUUUGAAAUCCGCAUUGGUAGCGAUGUUGAUCAUUUCAACAAUCCUAGAUGUGGAGGCUUGCGCACCAUGAAUCAGAUUGAAAGCGCCACCUUCUAUUGCGCGCCUCCACUGCUCGGGAGGUACGUCAGCGUGAGCAAGAAUACCCCGCAGCUGCACUUCUCCACCAUCAACGUAUUCGGUUACCCUCCAAUGCCAUCUCAGCGAGCUUUCAUAUUUGCGCCCAGCCAAAACAUACCGGAAGCUUAUCAACUCAAGCUUGGUAUCAAAGACAAUAUGACGCAUGUAGCGGCCUUCUACAGUAAAAGCGGUCUCUGGUAUGGUAUGGGUGAUCUGACCAUCGAUUUGAACAAAAAAGUUGUUAUGUCAUCUCUCGGCCAUUCAUACCAGGAGGAGAUCAAUAACAGCGAGUCAAGUAUUUUAGGAGAAUCGUCAAAUGCCUAUAAUGUCAGCGACGUAGAAGUUCUGUUCCUUGGUGACAGCAUGUGUGAUCCACUUUGUUUGAAAGGCGAAUACUGCGAUGAACACCUAGGGAAGUGCGUAUGUGACGAAAGGCAGAGAGAUGUUGAGAUGUGUGCCAAGCGAAGAGAACUCCAAGAGCGACUAGAUGACUUCUGUCUCUCCAACGUGAUGAACUAUACUACUUAUGCACGCUAUGAUAGAGAUCUUUCCAGAGAGACCAAGAAAUGGCAUUGUUAUAGUGAGGAAUCCCUAACUGGGGAUCGGCGGCGAUACAACAUCUCAAAACAGAGCACCUUGUACCAUACAAGGAACAAACUCGACGAGAUCAGUGACGAGUACCCAGAGCUUGCUUUGGACAGAAUACUACAGAGGGCGUCAGCUUAUUGGCCUCUUGAUGAUCCAAAUGACAUCAGGGUGUACCACUUAGGAAGUGCCUGGGGCCACGCUUCCGCUGCUAAACGCAUAAAAGGAAUUAAUAAUUACGCUUUAUCGUUUAAUGGGACUGGGGAUCCGUUAUGGCUGCUCAACAAUCCGAUUGGGCCUGAGAGUAAACAAAAUGUAAAGUGUUUUACGAAUAUCAAAACUUGCACUUCGGGUCUUAAUGUGCUUUUUUGGUUGAGGUAUCGGCAAAAACCUGGCCAAGUGUUCUUCUCGACGAUGUCCGGAGCCAGUGAUCGCGGAAUAAGGGUUUAUCAGACCACUGAGGUCGGCCAACCUCACGUUGCGGUGUCACUGAAGUACGCAACUAAAAGUAUGUCGUAUGCGUUUGCUACCGAGGAGUCUAUAUGGACACAUAUAGCGGUGACAUACCACAUAAGUGACGACGUUAAGAUUUAUCGCAACGGCAAACAAGUAACAUCGUUUCUUUUAGAAAACAUCAUCGAAGAAUUCGUUAGUAAUAUUUCCCCGUCACCUGUAACAAUAGGUGAGGUAGGAUCUGGUCUUCCGGAUGCUGACUUGGAUGAGAUCAUCCUGCUGACAGGCGAGAUCCUGGACAGUACCAUGAUCUCGAAUAUCUACCGAUAUUACCAAGGGAAACCUAAUCUGUACAUCAACUCUUCCAUUGUCCAUAAUGGGAGGGCUUGGGAUGUUGAGCUUCUUUAUAGAAACAGCACCGAAUUUCAGAGAUUUUCGAGACAGCUGAAUGGCGUGGUUGCCAGUGUGUACACUAAUACAUCUGUGAUCAAGAAAAGUGAAAUUACUAGUACUUGGAAUAAAGGUGGAAAGCUGGCUUUUCAAUUUCUCGUUCGUUACCGCAUCUCAAGUUAUUCAUCUGUAGAGCCGUGGUUUAAAAAACUCAAGUCACUUUCCAUUUUUGACGUCACAUCUGUUGUCAACGAUGUGUACAUGACGCCUUUGAAUGUGACGGCUGUCAAUCACACAGCAACGGCAAGCGCUAACCUGAGCGUUUCCUGGUUACCAGACCAGUCACGAGAGCUUGUUCACGGAAUAUUUGCCGGAUACCACGUGACCUAUGAGAAUACCGCUGACAGUAAUGAUAGCGGGAUCGUCAUGUUGGAGAAUGGCAUGGUUUCGUUUGUCCUGGAGUUGACGGGGCUGAGAACAUACAGCGAAUACAAAGUCACUGUACGCGCAGACACUCUAGAGGGCGAUGGGGCACCCUGUGUUACUUAUGUACACACGGACGAUGGAGCCCCUCUAGAAGCGCCAAGCGCGUUCGCAGGUCAUAACAUCUCCUCGACGGCAAUCCGGCUUUCCUGGAAUCCCAUCCCACAGCAAUCACUUCAAGGGCCACUCUUGGAAUACCGCGUACUGGUCCAAUCCUUAAACGGCACCGCAGUCAACCACACGUUCAGCCCUAAUAGCACUAGCGAGGAUCUAGAUUCCCUCACGAAGUUCCAUGAAUACAGAUUUGAGAUUUUCGGAAUCUCUAUCAGGGGGAAACAUGGUCCAUCCGCUGUCAUACACGUCAAGACGGAUGAAGACGUCCCCGUAGCAGCUCCGUCCAACGUUCAUGGACGCGCCCUGAAUUCUACAGCUUUAUUCGUCCAGUGGCAUGUAGUUCCGGUCGCGCAUGUUCUAGGGGUAUUUACAGGAUAUGAGAUAGUGUACAGAACAUCCGAUGGAAGAAGAGAGGGUAGACUUGCUGUACAAGGGCUCUACACGGACAUAACGGGUCUGCCCAAGUUCACGAUUUAUGACGUCAUGGUUUCUGUUUGCAACUCUAAGGGCUGUGGCCCGAGUGGUAACGUCACGCUACGCACCGACGAAGAUCGCCCCACAGCUGCGCCAAGCAUCAAAGAGGGCUAUAACACCAGCUCCAGCAGCUUAGUAUUACGAUGGACGUCUAUACCAUCACACGAGAUAAAUGGUGUUCUUACGGGCUACCUUGUCAAGUUCGCCCCAAAACCUUACACAAAUGAUGUGACAGCGGGUCACAUUGUUGUGACAUGCCCUGAAUUGAACUUGACUGGACUGGACAAAGGACAGCCGUACGAGUUCCAUGUAGCGGCUACUACCUCCGUAGGAUAUGGGCCUUGGAGCGAGUCUGUAGUCGUCACCACUGAUGCUGACAAGCCUGAAGGAGUAGUACGCAACUGCACAUUCAGUAACGUGACCGAGCCCCAUAGUGUGACGUUUGAGUUGCAACCCCUCACCAAGGAGGAGUCCAAUGGCCGCAUCUUAGGAUACACGCUCUAUAUCUACGACAAACUGCGGAAUGAGACUUCUGUAGAGACGGUGAACGGGUCGACGUCACACACGCUCACCGGGCUAUCGCCGUACACGGACUAUGAAGUCCGCAUUGCCGCCUUUACCGCCAAAGGCGAGGGGAACUUGAGCAAGCCUUAUGAAGUGAAGACCGGUGAAAGCGCUCCAAGUAAACCACCUCGUAAUAUCACCGGACAAAACGCCAGCUCCACUAGCCUUGUCAUCAAUUGGGCCACAGUCGACGAGUUGUUCGUGAAUGGGCGAGUGAGAGCAUAUACAGUGAUCUACUGGGAAUCGGCAAAGCCAGAAACAACGAAAAAUAUCACUGUUUGGUUGCAAACUUCGCAGCGGAGACGACGCGCUAUCACAUCGGAUGGAUCAAGCAUUCAAAUCGAUGGGCUAAAGAAAUACACCCAGUACAGUGUCCAAGUACUUGCUGUAACCGUAGACAGCGGAGUCCCAAGCCUCGCAUUCAACAUCACAACUGGAGAAGAUGUGCCAGACCUCCCUCCAUCCAACCUGACAGCGUAUAACACUAGUUCCACCACCAUAAAAGUGAACUGGGGGUCAGUACCACAGGGCGCCCAGAACGGAGUAAUUCUCGGAUACAAAGUGUUCUACAGACACAUAGACAAACUAUCGGAGUAUUACAAUAUCUCAGUAGUGAGUGCGCCUGAAAUGAGCUUGACGGUUCUUGGACUCAAGAAGUAUGGCCUGUACGAGGUGAAAGCGCUGGCAUUCACUAUAAAGGGUGAUGGGAACUUAUCGAGUCCCGUAACUUGCAGGACUGAGGAAGAUGCUCCCGAUGGAAGGCCAGUCAACAUCACAACAGAUAAAGGAACGGGACUAACAAACUUGGCAGUAACAUGGGCUCCGAUGACCACAGAGCUUGAAAACGGUAUAAUCUUGGGCUAUCACGUUAAUGUGUAUGACAUGAGUGGUGUCUUCAAAAGAAACGCUACUGCUCAUGGCGGAGGAACCCAUAGUAUUGAAAUAGGAGGCCUGGAAAUCUGGACAAACUAUACCGUAUCUGUGUGCGCGUUCACAAAGAUCGCAAACGGACCUUGGAGCCCGCGAUACAUGGGGACAACCGACGAACAGGAACCAACAGACGUGCCGUCUAAUCUGACUGCUGUUGCUAUCAACUCCACAUCCAUACACGUACAAUGGAGCGGGAUCAAUACGUCACUAACCCGCGGGAUUCAUCGAGGCUACCGUAUCUACUACCAAGCAUCAGGGACCCCCUUCCCCACCCCUCUGCUGAACGUUACCGUAGGGGAGCGAGAGACUGAAGUGUUCCUGGAGGACCUAUACAAGUUCGUGUGGUACACCAUUUAUGUCGUGGCAUUCACUAAUAAGGAGGGUCUCCGGAGUAAAGUGAUUGAGGUCCGGACAGACGAAGACACUCCCGACAGACCGCCGAUAGACCUUCAGUUCGCACUACCAAGCCCAACCUCCCUCGAUGUGAUGUGGAGCCCAGUCCCUCGCGGGUACGAAAAUGGGGUUAUUUUGGGGUACAAGAUAACGUGCUCGGCAGGGAACCAUACCAUCUCGAAAGACCUGUAUUUUAUGAACACGAUAGCACGGAUAGAAGGAGUCGCGAGCUUCACGGUGUAUAAUGUUACGAUAAGGGCUUAUACGGGCAAAGGCGAUGGCACUGCCUACAGCAAGACGGUGCUCACCGACGAAAAUAAUCCUUGUCGUACGCCACAGCAGUUCCAGGCCGAAAACUACACAAGCACCUCCACACUCCCGGUACACUGGGACCCAGUCCCCUCCUACUGUGUACCAGGGAUCCUCAGAGGCUACCGCGUGCGAUAUCAGCCCGUAUCCACCGGUGAUGUCACUAUCAAGAAAAAUGUGGCUACCAUGGAGGUGGUGGUCGGGCCGACAGAACAAAGCGUUGUGUUGAGGAAUUUGGAGAUUUACACGCGCUAUCGUAUCCAGGUUGCGGGUUUCACGGUCAAGGGAGAUGGACCCUUUGCGAAUACGUUUGGAGAAACAUGCCGCUGCAACAAGCGUCUGUCAACUUCCUGGGCGGCCCUCCAGCCGUACGUCAAUAGAAGCACGUCCGGUAGCAUCUCCGGUAUUAUUCCACACUUCCUGGAAAACAUGGCAGUCGCCUGCUGCACGUCCUGCAAGAGCCAUGGUCAUUCGUACGUGGACUUCCACCAAAAUGGCCGCAACGAGUCAUCGCACGUAAAAUCAGAGAGUGCACUGCGCGCAGUCAUUGACGGUUCGACGGAUUUGGUUUUUCCGAUCGCGGGCUAUCAUCUGCAAGAGGAGUACAAGACAGCGCACGGGUAUACCAGCCUCGUGCAGUCCCCGGGUGUGGUAUUCAUCCUGUCGAUCAACCAGAAAAACGAAGUCGCCAGCCAAAGUGUCUUUAAUGCUGUUACUGAGAACUGGCCGCUUGUCCUCAUCUGCCUUUUGUCGGCGUAUAUCUUGGGCGUUCUGAUGUGGUGUUUGGAUUCUGGUAACAAGGAGUUCCCAAGAUCCUUUAUUCGCGGAUCCAUGGAAGGUUUUUGGUGGUCUUACGUUUCCAUGACAACAGUUGGGUAUGGAGACCGCUGCCCUGCUUCAGUGCCCGCGCGCAUAUUGUCAAUAAUCUGGAUGCUGUCGGGUGUUGUUCUUAUGGGCAUCCUUGUCGGCAGUAUCGCAACCAAUCUUUCAUCCAUCUCCAUGAAUCAAGCGAGCACUAUCUAUGGCCUAAGAGUGGCAGCAAUAAAAAACUCAUUUGAAUAUCGUUUUGGGGUUAGACGAAAUGCAAUCACAGACGUUGGGCGUGAGUACGAAACCUACGAUGAAAUUUACAAAGAUCUGGCCAGCGGUUACGUGGAGGCGGCGCUGAUCGAUGCACUCGCCGCUAGCAGUAGGAAAGACUUGUUCGAAAAACCUUUCAUCCGUUUUCACAAAAUCUACGACAUGUCUUUUGUACGGGGCGUGGUAUCGUCAGGAGACGCAAAGAAGCUCACCAAAUGCUUCCACCGCUACGCCCUUUCACAUGCUCAGGACGUCACUGAUUUGGUUAGGAAUACAGUGAAGCCAUUGGAGAUCCCUCGUGAGCCAUUGGCCACAGAGUUGUCGUCUUCCCUGUUUGACCCCUCCAGCAAGCUAUUCCAGAAUGCACUGUUCUCCUCCCUGAUAAUGCUGGCUGUGCUUAUCGUCUUGGGCUUAUGCUGGGAGGUUAUUUAUAGAAAGUCUCGCAAAAAGAGAUCGGACCAUGAAUCUCCUGGUGCACAAUAUAAGAAGAUUUUACAAGUUGUAAUGAGCUCAGUUGUUGAAGACUUCCACCAGAAUUUAACAAGUACGAUAGAACGACUGAGAGAGCGACACGAUCAAGACAUGAGAAAUUAUAUAGCAAUUCUCAAGAAACAAAGACGGAACGAGAACAAAUACCAAGCUUACGAAAAAAGAGAAGAGGCCGAACUACGACUUGAAAACAUCCGGAAUGGCAGAAUGGACCCGGCUAAAGCGUACAACUACGACAACGCCGGCCAAGACAAGCCUGAUGAAAGCAACGUGUAGAUAACUGUCCCUGUAAAUAACGUAAAUGGCUGCUGUAUUCGAGUGAGAAAAAAUAUUGUCACAGGCGUUCUUACCCGGUCGGUCACCCUGUGGUUGUAAGAGUUGUGACGUCACCAUGCUGCCUCAAUGUCCGAGCACAGGAAACCCGGUAACCCAGGAGAACGCCAGGGGGAGACUGAUUUUGGCACUAAUAGGUUAAAUAAGCAAAUAUUUGGUCAUUCUCUUUCCCAGGGCCUCCCUCUCUUGCCCUUCAGUUGGCAUGAGAAUGAUAUUUAACGAAGUGUAAUAUCACACUGAUGAUAAUUUGUUUAAGAUAUAGAGUAAGUUUGUUUAAGAUAUAGAGUAAGUUUGUUUAAGAUAUAGAGUAAGUUUGUUUAAGAUAUAGAGUAAGUUUGUUUAAGAUAUAGAGUAAGUUAGUUUAAGAUAUAGAGUAAGUUAGUUUAAGAUAUAGAGUAAGUUUGUUUAAGAUAUAGAGCAAGUUUGUUCAAGAUAUAGAGUAAGUUUGUUUAAGAUAUAGAGUAAGUUUGUUUAAGAUAUAGAGUAAGCAAAUGGUCUAGGCAAGCAUGUGAGAGCAUGGCCAUGCACUUUGACUUCUUUUUUGCCAUCUGCAAGCAGCGAGCAUUUUGAAAUAAAAACUUAAAAAUAA